AUGGCUCCCCAUGCAGAGGUAGACUCGGGCUCCGCGCACGGAGAUGGACCCCUUUCCCCCGCCAACGGCCUCGCCGCCAACACUCAACACCGAGACCUCUUCACCGUCAACUCCUCCAACGUCGUCUACACCGACAACGAGAUCCUGUCCAAGUACACCUACCGCACUACCAAGGUCACCAAGGAUGCCUCCGGUAAAUACGUCGCCACCCCCUCCGAGACCCUUUACGAGUUCAAGACCGACCGCAAGGUCCCCAAGGUCGGCAUGAUGCUCGUCGGCUGGGGCGGCAACAAUGGCACCACUGUCACCGCCGGUAUCCUCGCCAACCGCCGUGGUCUCGUCUGGGACACCCGUGAGGGACCCCGCGCCGCCAAUUACUACGGUUCCGUCAUCAUGGGAUCGACCGUCAAGCUGGGCACCGAUGCCGAGACGGCCAAGGACAUCAACAUCCCCUUCCACGACCUGCUGCCCAUGGUCCACCCCAACGACCUUGCCAUCGGCGGCUGGGACAUCAGUGGAAUGAACCUUGCUCAGGCCAUGGACCGCGCCCAGGUGCUGGAGCCGACCCUGAAGAUGCAGGUCAAGAAGGAGAUGGCCGAGAUGGUUCCCCUGCCAAGCAUUUACUAUCCCGACUUUAUUGCCGCCAACCAGGAGGAUAGAGCUGACAAUGUGCUGCCCGGAACCAAGGCCUGCAUCGCUCACGUUGAACAGAUUCGCAAGGAUAUCCGCGACUUCAAGGAGGCCAACGGCCUUGACAAGGUUAUCGUCCAGUGGACUGCCAACACCGAGCGUUAUGCCGAUAUCAUCCCGGGUGUCAACGACACAGCCGACAACCUGCUGAAGGCCAUCGAGAACGGUCACGAGGAGGUCUCCCCCUCCACCGUCUUCUCCGUGGCCUGUACCUUGGAGGGUGUCCCCUUCAUCAACGGCUCCCCGCAAAACACCUUUGUGCCCGGUGCCAUUGAGCUGGCCGAGAAGCACGGCGCAUUCAUCGGUGGCGACGACUUCAAGUCGGGCCAGACCAAGAUGAAGUCCGCGCUCGUCGACUUCCUGAUCAACGCUGGUAUCAAGCUCACCUCGAUCGCGAGUUACAACCACCUCGGCAACAACGACGGCAAAAACCUCAGCUCGCACAAGCAGUUCCGAUCCAAGGAGAUCUCAAAGUCUAACGUGGUCGACGACAUGGUCGAGGCCAACACGGUGCUGUACAAGGAGGGUGAGCACCCGGACCACACGGUCGUCAUCAAGUACAUGCCCGCCGUGGGCGACAACAAGCGUGCGCUGGAUGAGUACUACGCCGAGAUCUUCAUGGGUGGCCACCAGACCAUCUCCAUGUUCAACGUCUGCGAGGACUCCCUGCUGGCGUCGCCGCUCAUCAUCGACCUCGUGCUCGUGGCCGAGAUGAUGACUCGCAUCCAGUGGAAGGCGGUAUCUUCGGACGGUGCUGCGACCAAGGACUUCAAGGGCUUCCACAGCGUGCUCAGCAUCCUGAGCUACAUGCUCAAGGCACCCAUGACGCCCCCUGGCGCACCUGUCAUCAACGCACUGAGCAAGCAGCGUGCUGCGCUUACAAACAUCUUUCGUGCCUGCGUCGGUCUGGAGCCUGAAUCCGACAUGACGCUGGAGCACAAGUUGUACUAA